AUGCAGCUUUUCCUUGUACGUCUGGCCAUAGCGGUCCUUUUGGGUGCUACAAUUUUCGUUGAAUUUACCGAAUCAGCGGCCCUUUUUGAUCAAGAUAGUGCCCACUUCAAGGCACAGCAAAAAUCUUGCAGUGAUUUGUGCGGUUUUUGUCCGUCUUGCAAUGGUUUUUACUGUGGCGAAGAGUGCAUCUGUGAGUGCAACCAGGAUGCCAACGAUCACGUUCAAUGCAUCAGCAAGAUUAAGGAAAACAGUGACAAAAUGGGAUUGUUGUACGAUGUGCUGAUCCAGCUGCCGAAGAGUAGAACCCGCCAGGUACGAAGUCCGUCUCCCAGCAAGAAGAUAACCAUCGACGACGAGGCUACAUUCCGGAAGGUGUUGGAGUUGAUCCAGUUACCGAUGCAUCUCACCAAGACCCCGCUGCAGCGCUGGACGGGAAAAGGUAAUCGCCGCCCGCAGGGAAGACGAUUCGCGGUGCAGUUGAACGCAUAA